AUGGCUCGAGAAAGUAGCGCAGGAUUCGACAGACAUAUUACUAUCUUUUCCCCGGAGGGAAGGCUAUAUCAAGUCGAGUAUGCCCUUAAAGCCAUAAAUCAAGGUGGUCUUACAUCGGUGGCUCUUCGUGGUGCCGACGCUGCAGUGGUGGCGGCGCAGCGCAAGGUGCCCGAUCGCCUACUGGACCCUACAUCUGUCACACAUCUGUUCCCGCUCACCAACCGUGUGGGAUGUGUUAUGACGGGAAUGAUUGCUGACAGUAAAUCUCAAGUACAGCGCGCACGCUAUGAAGCUGCCAAUUGGCAGUACAAGUAUGGAACGGAGAUCCCUGUGCACAUUCUGUGUCGUCGCAUUGCUGAUAUAUCACAGGUGUACACACAGAAUGCAGAAAUGCGACCACUCGGUUGCUGUAUGAUGCUCAUAGCAUAUGAUGACGAAACGGGACCCUGUGUGUACAAGACGGACCCGUCCGGUUACUACUGCUCAUACAAAGCAGUGUCGGCCGGCGCAAAAGCCACUGACGCGAACGCCUACUUGGAGAAGAAGUUAAAGAAACGCACUGAUCUAUCGGCCGAUGAAGUGGUGCAGCUCGCCAUUUCCUGCCUCUCACAAGUGCUAUCUGUUGACUUCAAAUCUUCAGAGAUUGAAGUUGGAUUGGUCACCAAGGACAAUCCCAAGUUCCAAGUGUUGGCUGAGAACGAGAUCGAUCGACAUCUAACCGCCAUUGCUGAGAAGGAUUAG